AUGGCUGAGAGUUUCACCAAUGGCAUCUCCUAUCUUACGAUUCAAAAGGACCUCAUUGCCAAUCCGGCGAUGCAGGGAGAGUGGUCGAAGAAAAAGCUGGUAUGGAUACCUCAUGAAACUAAAGGGUUUGUAGCUGGGUCAAUGAAGGAGGAUCGAGGCGAUGAUGUGGUAGUUGAA